UGCGUGUAAAGCAGACGUGAUAACCACUACACUAUGGAACCGCCACACGCGUUAACGGCCGCGGCACUGCCCCUAUCGACGAGACGCCGGCCGUGCUUCCUUCCCUCGGAGUGCUAGGAAGAGCUGAGGAACCCAGACAGGUACAGUCCUCAUCACUGAAGGACCAACCCCGGAAAUGUGUGGAAUGCCAACAGCUGAGAGGAACAUGCUCCAUAUCCGCAUUUAAAGCGGCAAUUAAAACGGAUAGGCAGCAGCACUGGAACCAUGGGGUGCAACAGAUCUGUACCUGACAGAAAGUCAGAGAGAGUCAUUAAAGCUGCCAUCCUCAUCCAGAACUGGUACCGCUCCACAAUGGCCCGGAUAGAGAUGAGGCGCCGCUAUUCUCUGAGUAUCUUCCGGUCAAUCGAAUAUGCUGAUGAACAAGAUCAACUACAGCUAUCCCAGUUUUUUUCAUUCAUGUUGGAUUACUGUACUAAUCCUGAUUCAGGUAAGGAUAAACAUAAAAGUAAUGUGGAAUUUCUGUUUGAGAAACCUGAUCUGCUUCAUCCCUACUAUGUACUGCAGCUACUAUGUGAAACUAGGAGAGUUCUCAAAUUGAUGCCAAAUAUCACCUCUCUUUCAACUUCCUACUCCAAGGAUAUAACUAUCUGUGGAGAUUUGCAUGGAAACCUGGAUGAUCUUUUGCUGAUAUUCUAUAAGAAUGGUCUGCCUUCAGAACAAAACCGUUAUGUCUUUAAUGGUGAUUAUGUUGACAGAGGGAAAAAUUCUAUGGAAAUACUUAUACUCUUAUUUGCAUUUUUUCUUAUCUAUCCCAAUAAUAUAUCCUUGAAUAGAGGAAACCAUGAAGACUACUUGAUGAACAUGAGAUAUGGCUUCACAAGAGAAGUUUCGAAUAAGUACAAGGAACACAGUCCGCAGAUUUUGUAUCUUCUGCGAGAUGUCUUUAGCUGGCUACCCCUUGCCACUAUAAUUGAUAAAAAAGUUCUCAUCCUACACGGAGGAAUUUCAACCACCACAGAUUUGGAUUUCCUGAAGACACUCAAAAGAAAUAAGUUGAAAUCUUUGCUACGGCUGCCCAAGUCAACAAGAGGCAGACAGGACCUGAAGGAGGGAAUUUCCACAGCUGACCUCAGUAAACACACUGCCAAUCAGAAUGAUUUUGGGAAGGCACGCUCUGACUCUUUAUCGGUCUCCACUGAGCCUUCAGGCUCCAUUUUGCCUCUGGGCCCCACUGAGGAGGAAUGGAAACAGAUCCUUGAUAUUCUCUGGAGUGAUCCAAGAAGCCAAAAUGGCUGUACACCAAACAAGUGUCGAGGAGCAGGCUGUUACUUUGGUCCUGAUGUCACUGCCAAGAUCUUUAAUAGGUAUAAUCUGAAGAUUCUCAUCAGGUCUCAUGAAUUUAAGCGGGAAGGUUAUGACAUCAGUCAUGGUGGGAAGGUUAUCACUAUCUUCUCUGCCUCUAACUAUUACGAAGAGGGGAGUAACCGGGGAGCGUACGUCAAACUGGACCCUGAACUAAUUCCUCGGUUUGUACAGUUUCAAUCCAGCAAAUACACACGCAGGCUGAAUGUUCAGGAGAGGGUGGGUACAAUUGAAUCAUCUGCCCUAAAGUCCUUACGAGAGCUGAUUUAUGCUCAUAGGUCUGAACUCAUUAGAGCUUUUUCACAAUACGACCCCAGAGGCACAGGCAACGUUUCUGUCCAUGACUGGGCUGCAGCAAUGGAGUCUGUCCUACAUCUGGAGCUGCCCUGGAGGAUGCUGCGGCCUCACUUAGCACAUACGAACCUGGAUGGAGAAGUUCGAUUCAUGUCAUGUUUUUAUGAUUUAGAAAUGGAUCCACCUAUAAAAGAGGCUCAGCCAGCUUUGGUGGAAACACUGUGCAGAUACAGAAAGGAUCUGGAGAUCAUCUUUAACAUCAUGGACAAAGAUAACUCAGGUCUGAUUUCUGUUGAGGAGUUCAGCCAGACAUGGAAACUCUUCACCUCUCACCUGGGCAUUGAUGCACAGCAUGACUCUUUUGACAAAUUAGUCUUGAGUAUAGAUAAAAACAAAGAUGGCCAAAUUGACUUCAAUGAAUUUUUAGAGGCCUUUCACGUUGUUCACAGAGUUGAGGAAAAGGCAAACUCAUGAAAAGGCAGAACUUGUGAGCUGUCAUGGAAGCUCACCCUCCUGUCCUUGGUCAUAAAAGGGCUGCUCAAUACGAUAUGAUACGAUAUGCACUGAGGUCACCGUGUAAGCCUUUAUGUAGUCCCUGCUGGAUGACAUGUACCUGCUACUAAUGAGACAGAGGAGAUGAAAACCCACUGCUUACAGCAUUACUGUGUCACUGCCACACACUGCCAGUACCUUAGAAUUUACCCUCCCUCAUGUCCCCCAUUAAUCUAAUCUGGGAACACUGCCAGGGUCACACCUUCAAUAGUGUAGGGAGAGACUUGGGUUUAUUUCUCUCAGUGGUUCUUGGCGACAGCUGAGGGCAUUGGUGACCGCAUGGAACAGAUCAGACCUUCCUUGGUUAUGAAACAGGCACAAGAGAUGCUGUCUAUGGAGUAUCCAGUGCAGGAAAGGAAAACAAGGAAGAACCAUCUGGUUCAAAUAGGUUUUUCUGCAUUUAAAUUUGUUCUUUGCAUAAUGGACUGGAACUAAAUUAUUCCAGGUCGCUGUCUAUCUUACCAGAAGUUUACAGACACAACUUACAGUAUCUUGGUUGAAAGGUGUUUACACUUGUGCUAGGUUUCCUCUUAACACUGGUAACUUUUUGCCGCAUUUUUUGAAACUUGGAGAUAAGAAACAGUCAUAACUCGUCACCGUAAUGAAGGCUAAAUCCAUAGCAUGUUAAUGUAUCAUACAAAAGAUCACAAAAUAAAGCUUUAGCUUUCUGAGUAAUGUCUAA